AUGGACGAGAUACAUGUCUCGUGGCAGGGCGCGGAGAAGCCAGCACCGAGCGACUUGUCGGGUCUCUUGUCGGUGAGGCGUCAAGUCGUCGAGAGAGCGCUUGUCUGGUUGAAGAAGAACAAUCCCCAUUACGCCGACAUUGAGAUCGACAAGGCGGAAAUGGAUAGUUGGGGAACCCCAUCGCACGGUGUGCCGUCGAUGGUGUACGGACGCAUGGAGCGGAACGAGCCGUCUGCGUGGGAGAAGACGCGAACGGCACAGGUCGUGCCGCCCGCAGAGCGGGCCAUGGACGGCGAUAGUUCGGCGGAGAUCGAGGAAGUCCUUGCUCGGCUCCACCAGGGACAAGACGUAUCGGACAGGCCGAGUCGAGAAUCCGACGGGGAUGGAGCGGAUGGGACUAAUGAUGCCGAGCCCGAAGACGGGGCCAAAAUGAUCAACGAGAUAACCUCUUCCGGCAUGUUUGCGUUGGACGGACCGCCGGACGUGUCGGACGCGGAGAAGCUCCGCUUUGCUUGCAAUGCCACCUUUCCCACCCUAUUGCCGUUCGGAUUUGGAGGACCACGGCUGGCGGAGGAAUUCAUCCUAGGGCCGGAGGGGUCGGUCAAUCCGCGCGGUACGGCUGCCGGAGAAGAGACGGCCGCGCGAGAUCUCCUGUCGUCUCGGAACAUGAGCCUUCGGACGUGGGCCGGCAUCGUGCUGCGGCGCCAUGGUGGCCGAUUCGCGACGCAUGCCAUCUUCUCGUUUCUCCUUUUCAACAUGGACGUGCGGUCGAGGAAUCGUCGUGUCAGCAUGCUCAGCGUGACGCGGAAGAAUUUCCCCGAGGUAGAGCGCAUCGUACAGUCGCUCACCGCAGAUAGGUUGGCGGCGGCCAGGGUGGAGUUGGAGAGCUCGGGCACGACCACCGAUGAUGGCGUGAAGGAGCUUCUAAGAUGCCUUUCGCUAUACGGCUACCGGCAGCCCAUGUCGAGGGAACUCCGUCUGAGCAUGCGACGCAAGAUCCAGUCACUCAUCUUGUGUCGUGGCGUGCCUGCAAUCUGGUUCACGCUCAACCCGAACGACAUCACGAACCCGGUGAAGCUGAGACUGGCGGCGUACCGCACACGUGAUCCUGAAGCGGCCGAGGCAUUUCUGAGAAGCCUCGACAUGGCGUUCAAACGUGCGCGGCUGGCCAUCUCGGACCCGUUGAGCUCGGCCGAAUUCUUCCACCGAGAGAUGACGUUGUUCUUCGAAAAUUACGUCAGAGUGGGCGAGGAGUCGGUAUUCGGGCGCAUCAGCCACUAUUACGGCGCCGUGGAGACCAACGAGCGAGGGGCGCUUCAUGUUCACGGACUGCUCUGGCUGCAGGGAAAUGCGCAUCUAAGCUCAAUGCUUGUCGAUAUCCACGGCGAGGAUCAAGCGGCAUACCGAGAGCGCAUUGUCAGAUACGUCGACAGCGUCUUUUCCGAGGAUCUGGACCAGGAAGGUUUCUGCGCAAUCCAGGCAGAGCGAUCGGUAACAUCAGAUAUAUCGCAGUUGCUGGGCGAUGAACGGCAAUUUUCAGCCUCGUUCGACGAGGAAGCGAACUUCUGUGCCGGCGCGACGCAGAUCCAUACCCAUAGCCCGACCUGCGUCAAGUACUCGCUGGGCAAAGGGGGGCGCAAGAGUGAUUUAUGUCGUUUCAAGGCGCCGUGGGGACUGGUCGACGAGACGGCCUUCACGGGAGACGGCGUGCUGCGGAUUCGGAGGUCGCACAGCAUGGUGAAUCGGUGGAACAAGGCGAUUGCCGUGGGGCUUCGCCACAACCAUGACAUAUCCUUCAUCGCCACACAGCGCAAGACCAUGGCCCUCGUCUAUUACGUGACGAAUUACGCGACCAAGGUAGAGGACCCGACGUGGAAGCGCGUCGCCGCGGCCGCGGAUCUCUUGCCUCCCAGAGCAGGCGAGGAAAUGGCCGACGACGCGGAGGUUCGUGGAGGCGAAGGUGGCGGGGACGAUGGCAAACAAAACAGGACACGACAAUUCUUGAUGAAGGUGGCGAAUCGCGUGUUUACGGAGAGGCCGUUAUCGCAGGUCGAGGUUAUUGCGGAUCUUCUGGGAUACCCGACUGAACUGACGAAUAACGGUGCCUGGGCGUUCCUGAACGUUUCGGUGCUCUACUGGCACGUCUUCCGACAAUGGCCGCACCUUCGACGGGAAAGCGGCGCAUCCACUGCAGAUGGUUCCGUGGACGAGUCAAUACUCGUCGAAGAAGCAGGCCAGAGGAUUUGCCGCGUCGAGGCAUAUCGUCAUCGGGGAGAUGUCCUUCGAGGGCUGUGUCUCUACGACUAUAUUUCGCUGGUCAGGCUGAAGCGCAACGACACGGACAAGAGGCCCGCCGCCUGGGAGGUGCUCAGGCGACCGGGCAAGCAGGCCAUGGUCUGCCUCGAUGGGUAUUUGAGCAAGGAUUUCGACGAAGACGACGAAGGGUCGUGCUACCGAAGAGCGGCUGUGCAGCAUCUUGCGCUAUUCGUGCCGUGGGAGUCCUUCUUAGGUGAAGAAAGCGGUGGCAUCGACCGCAUAUGGAGGCGGGAACGAGCAGCUCUGGUCCCGAGGAUAUCAUGUUACGUCGAUAACGUGCAGUUGCUGCGACGGUCGGCCGAAGAUGCAAAGCGGGACGCCAAGCAGUGGGCAGCCUCAUCCGGGGACCGUGACGCCACGGCAGUACAUCCGGACGAGGAUGGCACUGGGAGGCGGGUGUCGAGCCUGGAUCGAAGCUCGAUCGGGGCGAACCAAAUCACGGCCGGCUCGCCAGAGCUCACGGCGAUGAUGCAGGAGCUCAGCCGCUUCCAGCAAUUGGCGUUGUCGUCGUCUUCCGAGUUCCAGGCCGCAAUACUAUCCGAACGGGGCCCAAGACGAAUCAACAUCCCGGGCGGGCAUUCUCCGGAGCCAGAAUACCGCCGCAGAGUCAGCGUGCUCACGGGGUUCGGGGAUGACGAUAUCCAGAUGACGGCGGCGGACCUCGAGGAAACGGUAGAGGAGGCCAGCGCGGGAAUGGAGAUCCGGCUUGGCACCUCAACCUCCUUUAUCGAGGCGGGUAAGGCCCUGGUAGCGAGGUUCACGCUGAACAAGAAGCAGGGAAAAGGCAACGUGCGUCAGCUGUGCCAAUUCGUCGGUGGAGAGGGCGGAACGGGCAAGUCGCGAGUUAUCGAGGCGCUCGUCGAGCUCUUCGCGUCCAAGGAUCAAUCGAAUCGCCUGAUAAUAACGGCGACGUCAGGGACUGCAGCAGCACGGAUCAACGGCAUCACGAUCCACUCCGCCUGCGGGUUCUCCAAAGAUCUCGCGGCAGUCGCAAACACGGGCAAGGAUCUCGACGGGGUGCGAAUGCCGAACCAGGCGGAGCGCACGGUUGUCUCGUGGGACAUGGACAACUCUUUCAAGGCCGAGCAACGGCACCAGCACGACAAGGCGCACGCGCUGUGGAAGAGGUUCACGGCGGUCGUCAUGCUGGACGAGCAAGUGCGCGCCGCCGACGACCCAGAGCUGCAGAGGCUGUUAAAGCGAAUCCGACUGGGUGUGCAGGACCGCACGGAUCUGGACCUCCUCAACACCAGGUGCUACCAGGAGGGUAGGCAGAUCCCGUGGGCAUCAGGCAUCACCGUGGUGACGCCGCUGAACAGGAACCGGUGGAACCUGAACAUGGAGGCCAGCUUGGCGUUCCAGAUCCAGCACCGGUCGACGUUACGCAUCUUCAUAUCCGGCCAUAAAUGGAAGGAGGGCUUGCCGACGGAGGAGGAGGCCAUCAUGAUCCUAAACCAGGGCGACGAUAGCGCAAUACCGGUGCCGGCCGUCUUCAUGUUCGUGCCGGGGAUGCCGGUCGUCGUGAACCACAACACCCACCAGGGGUUAAAGCUGGUGAACGGUGCCAGCUACGCGGCGCUGGAGGUUAUCCUCGACAAGUCGUACCCGGGCAUCGCAUCUCGGCCGACAUGA